UUAAACGUUGACGGCAGUACUAUUAUUUUGAAAUCUAAAACCCCCAAAGCUGAUUGGUUCGUUUAGACAUUACGUGUACACAGGAAAUGGCUACUCAUGCGGAGCGAUGAAAAUAUGCGGACGUUCUCCGUUAAAGCUAACCUCCUGCAGCAACUAGCGUCGGGUGGCAAAUGGCUGCUCGGCUGUGAUGUCUGCCACUGUACGAAAUGACAGCGCAACGACUGGAAUCGGAACGCAGCCACUACGAGCCUGUGACCUGUGCGGUGAAACGUUUAAAACCCAGUAUGUGACACACAAGCUCCGUGCUGACCGCAAACUUGGUGGCAAUCGAGAUGCCUCGCCUGGAAGAGGUGGCGAACAUUGCCCUCAGGGUGCCCAGCAUUCUGGUCCUGGACCUGCUGUAUAAAUAUGACAUUGAAGGUUUGACGGAGCAUCUCAAGGCUAAAAACGAGGACAUGCUCUUCAAAUACAAAUAUGUCAUCUGGAACCUUUACUAUCUUGGCCAUCUGAUAAAUGUGGUGGUGUUAAUUCUGCCGUUGAAACACGUUGUGACGCUCUACCUCCAUGUCCUUGUUGCCCUCCUUCUAUACAUGGGGCAUCAGAUUUCCAAGGAUUAUAUACAGGAGGAGCUGCAGUAUAGAUAUGAGGGGGCAGUGUAUCUUGAUUUUUUGGCCUUCAACAGAUUUGUCUCCGCAAUGACUAGCCAAAUAAUUCUCAGCACGCUCUGCGCCUUUCUGAUGAAGACGAGAAAGGUGUGGUUGUUCUCUGCACAUGUUCUCCCCCUGCUGGCCCGACUCUGCUCCUCCCCUCACACCACUCAGCUAGCUGUCAACACUUUCUCCAUGGGCCUCACUGGAGCGGGCAUCGCCGUGUUCCUCCUCUCCAAUCUCUUUGUGCCAUAUCGACUUGCCAAGGCAGCCUAUUCCGAGCUGCUCAACAUUGAAGUGAUGGAGCUGUACAGACUUUUGGCGGUGGGAAUCUCCCUGUGGAACCAGUUUGCCGUGCCACUGCUCUUCAGCGUGUUCUGGUUUGUUCUGUUCGUCGUCCAGCUGUGCUCAGACGCCAUGUCGGCCAGCUCCCCGGUAACCCAUCAGGGAAUCAUUUUCUUCCUGCUCACAAGUGUUUCUGAUUGUUGUGCCACGCCGUACUCUCUUCUGGGCCUGACCUUUGUGGUGUCCUAUCUGGCUCUGGGACUUCUCAACCUAUGCAAAUUCUACCUGGGAGGUUACGCAGCCGUUCAGAAUGAGAAUGUUAUGCACAGAGGGGUGACGGAGGGCGUCACCCUCCUCUUGCUCGCCCUUCAGACUGGCCUGCUGGACAUGCAGGCAUUGCAGCGCACCUUCCUCCUCAGCAUCAUCCUCUUCAUCGUGGUGACCUCCACUUUGCAGUCGAUGAUUGAAAUAACAGAUCCAGUCAUUCUUGCUCUGGGUGCAUCACGGAACAGGAGUUUGUGGAAGCACUUCCGAGGGCUCAGUAUGUGUCUGAUCCUGCUAAUGUUCCCUGUGAUCAUGGCCUAUAAAAUCUCCCAGUUCUUCCACAUGGACUUCUGGCUUCUCAUUUUGGUGUCCAGCUGCAUGCUCACGUCCCUUCAGAUUACAGGCACUAUGCUGAUCUACUUCCUCUUCAUGGUGGAGCUGUUUCGCCGCGACCCCAUCGAGAGCCUGGACGAGGUCAUCUACUGGGUGAACGCCGUCAGCAGGGUGCUGGAGUUCGUGGUGGCGCUGUGCGUGGUGGCCUACGGCACCUGGGAGUCGCUGUUCGGGGAGUGGAGCUGGAUGGGCGCCUCCGUCAUCAUCAUCCACUCCUACUUCAACGUCUGGCUGAGAGCCCAGUCUGGCUGGAGGAGCUUCCUGCUCAGGCAGGAAGCCGCCAAGAAGAUCAACUCUCUGCCCAGAGCCACGGCCGAGAAGCUGCAGCAGCUCAACGACGUCUGCUCCAUCUGCUUCCAGGAAAUGAGCUCUGCUGUGAUUACAUACUGUGGACAUUUCUUCCACGGCAACUGUCUUCGCAAGUGGCUCUACGUGCAGGAAACGUGCCCCAUGUGUCACCAGACGGUCCGGCCGACAUAGCCGAUGCUCCCGCCCGAUGCAGGCCCGGACCGAGCUGCACGAGGAGGAGGUCAAAACCCGGGAAACGGCGAGGGCAGAAGAGGAGACGCAGAGUGGCGACACAACCGAGCAGGAGGGGGGGAAAAAGAGACCAGCCUGGAGAGCCUCUCAGUGAGACUGCCCGAGGUUUCCCCUUCAGCUCCACCGGAGGGACUUUUCUUGUUUGCCAGCCAAGCGUCUUUACAGGGCCUUCUCUAACACGCACAGCUGUGUGUGAGGUGAACGGCCUAGACACUCUUCUGCUUUCAGCCCCAAACGCUGUAGAUGAACUGUCAGCGGAGGGCCUGUGUGACCCCCUAUUGGAAGGGCUCAAGAACAAAGUUGCUUUGCAUCUUAUUUAUAUUGUGACGUCUGAAUCACAGCACAGUUUUGAUUCACCAGAGGCUGACUGACAAAUCAAGAGGCUGCCUCACGUGGCACGAGGCUCGUCAAUCACGCAGUGAAAAAACAAAAACUCAGAAACUGCAAGGGACUGUCUUAAAAGUCCUAAUGGUAACUGCGCACAUACAUGCUUGGACAGGCUCAGGGAGAUUCGACCCAUCUCAAAGAUCAGCUGUCCUCCUCAGAUGCCAGGCAUCCUGGCAGAAGCACAGACUGCAGUGACUGACUGCCCUGCUUCAGUGCCUUGAAGUUUGGAAAAAUUUGAGAUUUCUCUGUAUGAGGGAAUUAAGCACACUUAUGUUCCGUAUGUGAACCAGUGUAAACGCAAAUCCUUUACCAGGCGUUGUACGAAUGUGCUCCAAAUAAGCCAAAAAAGAAUAAAAAUGCCAGAACUGAAUAUCAGAUUUACUCAUGUUGACUCGUUGUACAGCUUUGAAGACAAGGAAUAUUAUGAUAUUAUAGUGAAUAAAAACUCUGAGCUGUAAACAAAUAUUGCACUGUGCUGGUUUGAGCUGAAUAUCUUGACUUGG